UGAAGAAGAAGUACAUCCGGGACACGGACUCGUCUCCUUCCGGUGGGAUCAUACACAAACCCACCGUCAGUCGGUGCCUCUGGACCGGACCGGGUCGGACCGGGUCGGACCGGGUCGGGUCCUGACGGAGCGCGGCCGGGCAGCAUGGUGAGGUGCGUCGUGUCCGGGUGUCCGAACCGCCCGCUGCGCGUCAACCAGGGACCGUCACAGCGAGCGACCCGGAGGUUCUUCACCUUCCCCGAAGACCCGGUCCGCGUCAAGGUGUGGCUGGCAGCGCUGAGGGAGACGGACGAGCAGACGGACCCAACAGAGCAGCAUUUAAUCUGCGAGGACCACUUCCUGCCGGAGGACAUCUCCACAGACGGCGUCAACAGUGACGCCAUUCCCAUCAUGCCCCCGUAUCUGGACGGACCUGUGGGCCUGAUCGGCCCCUGGGGAGCCGGGUCCCCUGAGGAGGAGGACGAGGAGGAGGAGGAGCAGUGGACCGCCAGAGGCUGUGAUGAUGAUGAUGAUGAUGAUGAUGAAGGAGCAGCUUCUCCUGCUGCACCAGAUCCUCCCCAGGCUCCAGGAGAAGUUUCGGAGAAUCCUCCGGACAACAGGAACGAAUCUGUAGAGAAAGACAUUUCAUUCUGUUGCAGUGCAGCACUGCCGCAAAGGAAACGGUCGUCCCUGCCCCAGAAAGUGUCCAGACACGACGCGUCCCUGGCGCUGCUGACUCGGCGUUUCCUGGAGCUGCUGCUGUCGGCGCCGGGCGGCUCUCUGGACCUCAGGCAGGUCGCCGCCAGCCUGCAGACCCGCAAGAGGCGCGUGUACGACAUCACCAACGUCCUGUCGGGCAUCGAGCUGGUCCAGAAGGAGUCGGCCAACAGGAUCAAGUGGACGGGGAGGAGUCCCAUCUCGAGCUUCCUGUGGAAGAACCAUCAGAAGUUGCAGUCGGAGCUGGAGAAGCUGCAGGUGGUGGAGGACUCGUUGGACGACCUCAUCAGGAGCUCCGCUCAGCAGCUCUUCCACAUGACGGACGACGUGGAAAACUCUGCGUCGGCGUACGUGACCCACGAGGACGUCGGAGGCCUCGGGGUUCUGCAGGAGCAGACGGUGAUCGUGGUCAAAGCUCCGGAGGAAACCAAGCUGGAGAUUCCUGCUCCCAGAGAGGACCGUGUCCAGGUCCACCUGAAGUCGGGGAGGGGUCCCGUCGUGGUGGUGACCUGUGAGGUGGGGUCGGGGGAUGCCGUGACCGCCGACCCCGGGAAGAAGGGACGCGGCAGCUUCUUUUUAACGCUGGAGGAGAGUCGUGUCCGGACGACCACGCUGCACUCAGACUCCUGAGGCCCCGAGCUCCGCAGGUUUCAGUCACCUGACAGGAAGCUUGAUGACAUCACGCGCAGGUACGGACAGGUCGCACAGUUACACGCUCGGCGAGCGACGGACGUUUACACUCCAACAUUUUUCACGUCGGACUAUUCACAUUUAACGACGACACUUUUCUUUUGAAAGGACGCGGAGCAUGAACAUGUUUAUAUAAAACUGUACAUGAUCAUAUUUUAUGUUUAUAAAUAUAGAUAUAUUUGUGUUUGUUGUUGUUUUUUCUCUGAAGACAAACAAUGCUGUAAGUAAUAAAACUUGAAGUCACUUCCUGUCUUCA